AUGAGCUCGAGCGUGCCCGCGUCUCAGCUGCAGUCUGAGCGCACGUCCGUCGAAAUAGACUCGGAUCGCAAGUCUAUCUCGAAGCAGCAGGAGGAACGCCGCGAGAGCAGCGCGCCUUCCCCGACGUUGCAACCUCAAGCGCUAGAUUAUGCGGAUCCGCCACCAGCUCACUCUGAUCCCUUCGUGACGCACAAAUGGCGCGCGUGGACACAGUUUGCAGCAUGCUCGUGGACUCUGUUUAUGGCUGGAUGGAAUGAUGGUACCACGGGACCAUUGCUUCCGCGCAUACAGGAAGUUUACCAUGUAGGCUAUGCAGUGGUCUCCCUCAUCUUCAUCACUGGAUGCAUCGGCUUCGUCUCCGGUUCGGUAGGCAACAUCUGGCUCAAUCGCAAGCUAGGCUUUGGAAAGUCUAUACUCCUCGGUUCAGUCUGUCAAAUGGUCGCAUACGCCAUCCAAUCUCCAGCACCGCCUUUCCCUGUUUUCGUCCUCUCAUACGUGAUCAACGGAUUCGGUAUCUCGCUACAAGACGCACAAGCUAACGGAUACAUUUCAAACUACCAUACUAACACGGCUACCCUCAUGGGUAUCAUGCACGGAGUAUAUGGACUGGGCGCCCUAUGCUCACCGCUAGUAGCAACGCAGUUCGCCCGCCAAAGGCAUUGGUCUUUCCACUACCUCUGCUCGUUCGGCGUCGCGCUCAUCAACACCAUCAUUCUUGCCGUAGUCUUUCGCUUUCAGAACCAAGAAGCUUGUUUGAGGGCUGUUGGACAGGAGCCCGAGCAACACGAGAAAGACGCGGCAGCCGAAGGUGGGCAGUAUCGCCGCAUCUUCUCGCUACGCACACUACACAUCAUCGCCGUGUUCACGCUCGUGUACGUCGGCGUCGAAGUGACCAUAGGCGGCUGGAUCGUGACAUACAUCAUCAAAGAACGUGGUGGUGGCGACACUUCCGGAUAUAUUUCUUCAGGUUUCUUUGGCGGACUCGCACUAGGCCGUGUCGCCCUGUUGCCAUUGAACAAGUUCAUCGGCGAGCGCCGCGCAGUACUCGUCUACAUUGCUCUGGCCAUAGCGCUUGAGCUCGUGGUGUGGCUUGUCCCAACGCUCAUCGCGGGUGCCGUGUCGGUCUCCUUCGUCGGCCUCCUCCUUGGACCCGUCUAUCCGAUCAUCAUGAACGAGUCGGGACGACUACUACCGCGUGCACUACUCACGGGAUGCAUUGGCUGGAUAGCUGGGCUUGGUCAAGCGGGCAGCGCGGUCUUGCCAUUCAUGACAGGCGCUAUCGCAAGCGGGACGAAUAUUGGCGCGUUGCAGCCGUUGCUUGUCAGUAUGAUGGGGUUGUUGCUGGUGUUAUGGGUCGUCAUCCCCUGGGUUCAGCGCGCGGAAGCACGAAAGGGAAAGAUUGGGUAG